CAAACACAUCCCCUGAAGCUUGGGAGUCUCAGCUGUUCAAACCCAAGCCCGCAGGGAUAGACGGAGUGCACGACGCAAAAAUGGCCUCCUUGCACGCUCCCUUUCGUGGUCCUUCGUGUCCUCUUCAACCUUCGAUCACCUCGUCGUCCUCCCCAGAGGUUGAGUGCCUCCCCGUGCCCGGAACAACAUGUCCAUGUCCCUUCCUCGAGCAUUGGGCCCUGUGAGGCUACUCAUUGUAUUCAUCGCUUUGGUCUCCCUGUUCCUCUUCCGAUCCUACUACCUUCCCAGUCCCGACGAUGCCGCAUAUGGCUUGACUUCUUCGACAUCCAUGUGGAAGAGCUCGAGCUCCCACUCCGCCGCUGUCGAAGAUGUAGCUGACGUCGAGCUUGAGGACGGCUACUACGAGGUCAAUGAAGACCCGGAUCUAGUCACCCAACCGGAGCAGUAUGCAGAAACGGGCCCUGAACCAGAAUUAGAACCAGAACCAGAGUCUGAGCCUGAGCUGGGACCUGAUAUGGAUGCUGAGUCUGCACCUGAACCUGAACCUGAAUCUGAAUCCGAACCUGAACCCGAACCCGAACCUACACCCAACGACGACUUCGCGUCCGAGUCCGAGUUCGAGUCCGAGUUCGAACCAGAGCCAUCCAGUUCUCGUGAAACUGUCCCCGUGUCAACUCCCACAUACGCAACCGACCCUCGCAUCCCACCGUGUCGCCAGCUGCCGGGCGCAGACAAAGUGGUGGUCAUGGUUAAGACAGGGGCUACCGAAGUCUUUUCGCGGGUCCCUGAACAACUCGUUACACUGGCUCAGUGCGUGCCUAAUUUCAUGGUCUUCUCGGACAUGGAGCAGCAAGUGGGGGAGUUUCGGAUUCAAGAUGCCUUGGACGAGAUUGGAAAGGAAUAUAAGGAGAACCAUGAUGACUUCCACUUCUACAACGAAGUUCACGCCGCCCACGUUGCGCAUGGCGACGUGAGUGUGCUGGGAUCCGACAAGGCCUGGGCGCUGGAUAAAUGGAAAAACAUCCCCAUGCUCCACAAGGCUUACCUGAAGUAUCCAGAUGCUGAAUGGUUUGUCACAAUCGAUGCCGACACAUAUCUGAGCUGGGCGAAUCUCUUGCUUCUGCUCGACCGCAUGGACCCGGACGAACCGCUCUAUGCAGGGUGCGUCUAUUGGCAUGGCCCUACUGCAUUUGCUCAAGGUGGCACGGGCUACCUAUUAUCUCGCAAUGCGGUCCAGAAAUUCGAGGAGAUACGUACCCCUGACAGGAUCGCCGAUUGGGAGAAGGAGACCUCAACGAUCUGCUGCGGCGAUGUCAUGCUGGGGGUUGCGAUGGGCCAAGCAGGAGUCAGCGUCAGCGGUGCCUGGCCGAUGUUCCAGGUAGACCCUCCGUCUGGCUUCGUCUGGUCCGAUACUGUGUGGUGCACUCCGGCCAUAACGUGGCACCAUGUGCAUUCUUACGAGGUGGAAGCGCUCUGGCAGUUUGAGAAGGACUGGAUCAAUAAAACCUGGGACGACGAAGACCCUGGUGCAGUCCCAUACCUGUACAAGGACGUCUUUGAAGAUUUUGUCCGCCCCCACAUCACUGAGCACAAGAAAGACUGGAACAACCUUUCUGGGGACAAGACUUUUACGCAACCUAAAGAGGACCACGUAAAAGAAGACAACGACUGGGACUGGAAAAAUGACGAGGAGAAACAACAGAUGUGGGAUGAUCUUUCCGAGCUCGAGAAGAAAUCCGUGGAAUCCAUCGAAGAUUGUCGCGAGGUUUGUCAGAAGGACAGGCAAUGUAUGCAGUUUGCGUGGCAUCCUGGAACCUGCAAACUCAGCCAUUCUAUCAAGAUGGGUCGGCCGGUCGACUCGAAAGACGAGUACACCUCUGGGUGGAUGACCGACCGGGUCGAAAAAUUCAGCGCUGCCAGAUCAGAGUGCGGCGAGGUUUCAUGGAAAGUGGGCUGAAAGGACAGUCUGAUCUCCCUAACAUGAUGUCCACGAUACGACGACAAUCUCUUCGCCCCACUGCUGGGUUCCCGACGUUACAAAGAACGGCUUCCGAAUCUCAUGAGCCUUCCUGGUGAUCCAUAUUGUCCUUUCUCUUCGAAACGAAUCGUGUUUUUGCGGUAUGCGUCUUGCCGCUUGUUGGUCUUGAAUGAUGGAUGAGCAGAGCGUUUCUGGCUCUUUGAUACCCCUACAGCUCCGGACAUCGGCGUCUUUUGCUGUUUCCGAUUUCGAUUCUCUUGUACAUAUCGUCAUUAUCUUGACGGAUACCAGCGACACUGGGUGAUUUGCGGCAACUUUUGACGAUUUAAGUGGCAAUGUACGACCAUAGAGCAGCCCUUGAAUGUUUGGUGAUGGUGUCUGGCGUUUGCCAUCUAGACAGGUUCAGCCACUGGGACAUGCAUGAGAACUGGAAUAUGAGGAUGCGUGGCGGCACUUUCAAUUGAAUGUCUGGGUUUUUUACUGCGAGGCCUUUCAAAGGCAAGGCACACGUUUUGGAAUAGCAGUCCGAUAUUAUUUGCCAGGAUCUCAUCCAUCACGGCAGGAUAAGCCUGGAGCCGGCCCAAGGAAGGCCAGCAAUGUAAUAUUCAUUUCCGGUAGACGUUUAUCUUUCUAUCUGAGCACAAUCACUCG